AGUUGGACUGCGCAGUUAUAACUGCAAGCAUAACUGAACGUUAAUGGCGGGCUAAAUUUAGCCUAUAGCCGGGCCGGGCCGUUAGGGAGAAUCAACAAACAUUUUAAGCGAAGGUCCAGCAAGAUCAGGGCGGAAUUCUAAAUUUUUAUUAUAAAACUAAACUAUUCAAGAUUAACAAAUACUACAUGAACUGAAAAGCGGACUCGCGCCAACUUACAAAGGAAAUCAACUCUGAAAUAAUCGACCACGAGUCACCAUGCCAUGCACACAACGACAAUGAGAAAAUCUUACCAAGAAAACCAUCGAAAAUCUCUUGAUAUCGGCCUCAAAUACAAAAAAUACAAAAGGUCUAGAGGUGAGCAAUUACACCAGCCUACCUCUGGUCUGGUGGUAUCCUAGGAAAGAGAGGUCCUGGCAAAGAGGAAUUUUGCAUUGUCCGCCCUUCAACAUCAACUGUUUCGGUAACUAUCAGUUUACGUCAAAGGUUUACAGGCAAAAUGGGCGCUUUCCUUAAUACCAGCCGCUUGGGGAUGAAUGUAAACACACGAACCGUAAGAUGGUGAAUGUCGAAGUCAGAAACAUGAACAAAAGACAUAAAUGUAAACGAGGUGAAUAUUCAGUCGGCGACUGACGAGAAGUAUGCCGCUUUAGUGAACUUCAGUUUUUCCGACAUGAGUUAUUGCGAUAUUUUGUGCAAGUACACCAUCCUAGUAAUAUCGCUUCCGCCCUUCUGGGCCCGUUCUCAUGGUUAUCUAGAAUAUUCAGUGUGUUACGAUUAUAUAUAGUCGAGGCUUUGGUGACUGGCUGCUGGACCAGGGUUCAAUGUUCUCGAUGUUGGGGCCAUCCAAGGUGAAGAGGUAGAGCUGCCUGAAGGACCCACAAUCACCAAAACCGCGAAAAAAUAUAUACGUUAUAAAAAAAAAUGGAAUCAGAUCCUAGCGCCACCAUACCCAUGCCCUGGCUCCAGAAGAGCCACGGAGAAGGGGAGCCACAAGAGUUGACCCACCUAGUACAGCACCCCAACGAAUUGUCAGUGUUCGAAGACAAGAAGUUCCCGACGAACAACACGUCCUGUGGCUAUUCUGAAUGCUUAGGAAUGAACGUCCCAAGCGACCUGAAGCCUCUGGUGUCGGAGCACUGGCUGCAGUACCCACCCCCUGACCCCGUGACCUGCGUCCUCCUCGGUGUUGCCAUGACCUUUAUGACGGUGGUGGCGGUAGUUGGCAACCUGACGGUAAUCAUCGUCUACUGCAGGUGUCAGAGACUCCACACUCCCUCCAACAUAUUCGUGAUGAACCUGGCUCUGGCGGACUUGAUGAUGAUGGGGAAGACGCCCAUUUUCAUAGUCAAUUCCUUCCUGCAGAGACCCCUUCUCGGCUAUGUGGGCUGUCAAGUCUACGGUUUCGUCUCGCUGCUCUCCGGCCUGUCAGCCAUCUGGUUCCUCACGGGCAUCAGCUGGGAGAGGUACAGGGUGAUGCGGACGUCCUACAGUACCCAGGAGAUGCAUUCCAGAGUCAAGGUGAAGGCCGCCGUCACAAUCAUAUGGUUGAUGUCGACUGUGGCCGCUGCUCUUCCUCUCGUCGGAUGGAACCGCUAUGUACCUGAGGGCGUGCUUUUCGGCUGCACCUGUGACUACCUCUCCGCCGACUGGAACGACCGGUCUUUCGUCAUGAUGCUACUCUGCUUAGCCUGGGCUUUCCCUAUGAGCUUCAUUCUCUACGCUUACUCUUACAUCGCUCUCAAGGUGAAAGCGAGUUGCAACGAGAUUCGACGAAUGAACAGCUCUUCGAUCUCCUCUGCCACCUCACGAACUCAGGUAAAGAUAGAGAGCCGUGUCGUAAGGACUGUGGUAGCUCUGGUGCUCCUGUGGACAGUAUCCUGGACUCCUUAUGCUGUCAUUGUCUUACUUAAUGUCAUUGGAAAACACGCCAUAAUCACUCCAAUGGUCUCAACGAUUCCGUCAGUGCUGUGUAAAAUCUCCGCCUGUCUGAACCCAUAUAUUUAUGGGCUCUGCUUACCAUCAUUCAGAAGAGAACUGGCAAGAGCCCUGCUGGCAGGUUUAAAAGACACUAGAAAUACAGGAAACUCCAACAAGAACCUACCAGCAGAAAGUACCAUUACUCCAGAUGUUCUCCCACAGAGGCGCUGGCAUUCCUGGCAGAGAAAAUGGUUCUCGCAGUGUGAUGACAGUCCAAUUCAACAUUUUAUGCUCCCAAGUGGAGAUAUAGUUUCAGGCAAAUCAUACGAGGAAGCAAAACAGAAGUACUUGGGACAAAAAUAUUCUCCAAAAGAAUCCUCAUCCGAGUCAAGGAAUACUGCAAAAUUCAACUAUCCAUCUGUCUCACACAGGACAUCUAUGACUGCAGAGUACUCUCUCCAACAACCUCAUAAGGAAUCUCUUGAGUAUUUACAGUUAAAUGACUGGAACAGUAAGGAACAGCAGAUAGUUCACUAUUUACACACAAGUUCUUCUGAUCAUUUAAAUCAUUGUGUGAAAUCUGAGAGCAAUUGUUUGUCCACCAAGCUUAGCAGUUGCGACAGUGCAAACAAAGACCUGGAUUGGUUUGAAAGCAGCACAUCAAACCUAAAGAAGGCAGAUGAUUGUUUUGAAAUCCAAAAUUCCAGUCUCAUGAAAAUCCCAGAUAAUUCCUUUCAAACUGCACCUGGAGGUUACAACCAUAAAAUGGAAAGGGAUGAUAAAAACGGAAUCUUUACAAUCUGAUCUCUAAGAAUAUUCAUUGUCAUCAUUUUCAUCAUAUAAAACUAGCUCUUAGCAACCAUAUCAUAAACACUAGCUCUAAACAAACAUAUCAUACACUUACUAUGUAUAUUACUUACUAUAUUAUGUCAUGUUAAAAGAUAUUUUAAGAAAUUGUACAUGAAUACAAUGAAAUGUUGUGUAAAUGCAAAUAAGCAAUAUAAAGACCACUAACUCCAAGAUUAUUUUGUAUAUAUUUCACUUCUGCUUCCUGAUCCUGCUGCUUCAUUUCAAUGUCAUUUUGUUUUAUUUAUUCUUUUUUUUAGUGGGUUCUUCUCUCUGGGACUAUGCUUGAUAAUUGCCACAGGUAAACAUGCAGCAACAGAAUGACUGUUUAACUAGAUGGUAUUGGUGCUACUUCAGAAGGCACCCCAAAGCAGGACAAAGCCCACAAUGCUCACCAGAGAUCAAA